GAAACGACAGCGUUACGUCAUUAGAGGCUUGCCUGAGGUCGAUUCCCAUUAUGUUGCUUACCUGAAAUUAGUUUCCUCUUUGUAAGCAGGAAAAAAGCGUAAAAAAGGAGGAACAAAGAGGGGAGCAGAAAGAUUGACGAGACAACGAUGGGGUACGUAUUGAGGGUGAGAUUGGCUUCAUUCUUCACGGGGGCAGCAACAGCGUCCUUUCUGGGUCUCUAUAUCUUGUACAAGGAUUACAAAGUCGCCCAUGAAUCCAUUGCCCAACAGGUGAAAAGGCUUCAUGAGCCCCUAGAUAGGCGAAUCUCUGCUCUGGAGAGUUUGAAACAGGGUGAAACUUCACAACAUGUGGAAGCAACAGAAUAGGUCCUUCGUGACAGAAAAAAAAAAUAGAUUUUUCCUAAAUAUGCAAUUGGUUCCUCGGUAAUGUUUUUUUGUUUUUCCCCUCGUUAUAAAAGAGUAAUGGUGGUUGAAAUAUUAUGUACUUUUGUAUGGAUUGAUGGUACACUCAGCCGGUUGACAUGAUUUACAUCAGUUAAUCUGUUUCUCAAUAAUGUAUGAAACGGUGAUUGCAUUUGAAAUUUAAGUCUAGGUGAAUUCAGAGACUCA